UGCUGUCGGCGGUACGAGACAAAUUCCAGCUGGUCGCGCUUCCGUGAGGGUUUGCGAAUUCUCCGGUCCGCGUGGAAAAUCGCUUAAAAGAACAAAAAGCUAAUUGGGAAUUUGGUGGCCGCCCGUGACGGCAAAGCUGUCUUUCAGCCCACUAAAUCCUGGUCGAAGACCGACGACAAGAGAGAGCUUUGGUUGGUCAUUAUUUGUCUGUUUCGUUUCGCCAGGAGAUUCUCUGGAUCGACCAGGCCUUCAUUCCAUCCUCGGGCUCGCGUAUCUCCAUCAUCAAUCGCCUGUCAUGGAGGACACCGGUAGCGAACGCAGCAACGCGUCUCAGCUCCCACCUCGUUGCUCUUGUGGAUUCUGGGGAUCGAGUGAAACCAUGAAUCUGUGCUCCAAGUGCUUUGGAGAUGUUCAGAAGAAGCAGCCAGAAGAUGACUGCAACGCUAAGUCCCACCCAAACACCAACAGAGACCAAUCCCCGGCAUUUGACCAUGAGACGAGCAGUAGUAAUAGCCUGUCAUCGUCCUCAGAUCCAGUAGUCCCAGACAUGCCAUCCAGUGAGGCUGCGCCCGCCCCAAAUCCCAGCCCUCCAGAGGAAUCCUCCAGCACAGAUUCCACCCACAGCAUUCUCCACACGCCCACCAAACGCACCUGUGACUCAGACUGUGGCUCUGAGAGCGAUGUCUCACCGGAGAAGAAGGCUUGCGUUGGGGAGGGGCUGGAUGAAGGAGAGGGCUCCAGGGGCGGCUCCAAACAGAAGAGGCGUAGACGCUGCCAUCGCUGCCACAUCAAACUGGAGCUGGUGCAGCAAGAGCUGGGCUCCUGCCGCUGUGGUUAUGUCUUCUGCAUGCUGCACCGGUUGCCGGAGCAACACGACUGCAUGUUCGACCACCUGGGGCGCGGGCGCGAGGAGGCAGUGCUGAAGAUGGUGAAGCUGGACCGCAAGGUGGGCCGAUCGUGCCAGCGAAUCGGAGAGGAGUGCUCCUGAGUCCACGCUCAACUGCGGGAGGAGCUUCAACACGA